CCGUGCGUCCCGACAAUAGAUCCCGAUCCUCCUCCAGUUUCUCCGAGUUUCUCCAAGUUGUUUUUAGACACAAAACAGAAACUAAAUGUAAUGACAGCCUCAGUAUCAGCCUGAAACACCUCCUGCGGGCCGCAGGAAGACUCGCAUCACUGUUACAGACACUUUCCUGGAGGAUCACGAGCAGGAAUGCGGCUCGGUGCUGUCCGGGUGGUUUUCAGACGGUAAAUAGACGCUGAAUAAACGGUAAAUAAAGGUCUUUUUUUCGGUAUGGCGGAGGCUCGAUCUGAGGAGGACGAGGAGCGGUUACGCGAAACUGGCGGCGGGAGACGGAGCUCAGAACAUUCAGACAGAAACAAACCAGAUCAACGCCAUUCCAGCCAGGGGGCGCUGUCCUCCAUCAGAGCUGUCAUCAAACGCACAUCUGCCAGAACGAGCUCUCAGAGCGACCAUCAGCGAGAACGCAGGCGUCCAGAAAUCACCAUCCUCUCUGCUGAGCCGCUGCCGACCAAUAGCUGGUUCCCGGGGGCUUCUGGAGGGUUUCCUCCAGCCCCGCCCCCUGCCCCGCCCACAUGGGCUGCUGGCUCUGCAACAGUGCAGCUCCCGCCUCCCUCCUAUGAGCAGGUGAUCAGAGAGAAGAGCCGAGAGCAAAAUAUUCAGCCUCCAAUACCAUCAUCUUCAUCUCCAAUAUCUCCACCGUCUUCAUCUCCAUCAUCUGCUCGUCUCUCCACCUCCAGCAUCGCCACACAGACGGACACGCUCUCCCACGGCCCACAAUCCUCUGCUGCUCGACCAGUUCGCAGACCUCCCAAACCGCCACGUCCCUCACCGCCCGUAAAAAAUCGAGACUCUCUGCAUGAACAGUGUGGUGGUCAGACCGACUUUGAUGAUGUCAUUGAUGAUGUCACUUCCACAACCCCCGCCCCCACAGACCUCACCCUCAUAGACUCCGCCUCCACAUUCCCCGCUUUCAUAGACUCCGCCUCCUCUCCGAUGGAUGAGCUCAUGAAAUCACAUCCUCGUCCCAGACCUCGGCCGCGCUCCAGCAUAAUUCAACCCGAAGCUACAAUUCAACCAAUGACAAGAGAGGUGAAAGUUCAAACUCUGGUGCGUCUGAAAGAUGACACAGCCGAAAACGUGUUUGCCGGAUUUGACGACACUCCCUCUAAUAUUUCCAGCAAAUAUCUGGAUGAUCUGAUGGAGGUGUUCAGUCCUGACGAAGCUCCGCAGAGCCAGACUGUUGAUGGAGAAGAAAAUAUGAAACCAUCUGAAAGCAGACCUCAGCCUCGACCCAGAACUCUGAAAUCCAAAACACAGAUUACAGCCAAACCUUCAGUCUUUGAGGUGUUUGACGGCGGAGAUCCUGAAGUCCAGCAGAAUCACUUCAGAAGUCCACCAGUGCCGGCACCGAGACCACUUCUGAACAAACCAGCACAAGUUUUAGAAAACACUCCUCCAGGCCAGCAGGGGGCAGCACUCAUGGCCAGUUUAUCUGAGAGAAGAAACUCAGACGAUCUGCUGCUUCUGAACAAACAAGUUUUUGAAAACAUUCCUCCAGGCCAGCAGGGGGCAGCACUGAUGGCCAGCUUAUCCGAGAGAAGAAACUCAGAUGAUCUGCUGCUUCUAAACGAACACCAGAGUCCAGCACAAGUUUUAAAAAACACUCCUCCAGGCCAGCAGGGGGCAGAACUGAUGGCCAGUUUAUCUAAAAGAAGAAACUCAGACGAUCUGCUGCUUCUGAACAAACACAAGAGUCCAGCACAAGACUCCAGACCUGAAAACACUCCUCCAGGCCAGCAGAGGGCAGCACUGAUGUCCAGUUCAUCCGAGAGAAGAAAUGGCAAUGAAAAGGCUGCAAACGCUCCAGCGAAGACGCCGACUGACAGAAAUCCUGGAAAACGUCCGACUGUUCCCAAACACUCCCGUCCACCUCCACCUGUGCUCCGCAAGUCAGCGUCCACCUCACAGGUGACAGUGGAUGUCUCCAGCACUCCUGAAACCUCAGUUCCUCCUCUUCCUCCCAGACCCAGUGGCAACAGACUCCUCCCCCUCCGUCCUCCUCCAAUGAAAGUGAACAGGCCCUCAGGCUCCUCCUCCUCCACUGUUUCGACCGAUCAGCUGCCAGACAGCAGGGUUCCGAAGAGAGGCCCGCCCCUCCCGCCCCGCCCCAGACCCGGACACCCGCUGUACAAGCGCUACUCUAGGACAGAGCUCAAAGAAGAUUUAGAGGUGCAGAAUCCUGAGCAAGAGGAGCCGUCUGAGGAAACUGCUUUGCAUCAGGAGGAGCAGUUCUUGAUUGUCCUGGAUGAAGCAGACGUCCCAGAAACACCAGCAAACACACUCCAUGACCUCCGACACUCAGAGGUCAAAGGUCAAGAUGAGGCUGUCACUGAGGUUCACCUGGAAGACGCGACCUCGGAGAAACAGACCCAGCAGAGCACACAACACAGGUUGGUUGUGGCUUGCUUUGCAUUCGAGGGUGAGGAGGCGGAGCUGUCAUUCAGUGUUGGUGAUGUCAUCACUCUAAUAGAAUAUGUAAAUGAGGAUUGGGGGCGUGGCAGCCUGAACGGACGAAUCGGAAUCUUCCCUCUCAGCUUCAUCCAGGCUGCAGAGGAAACGGAAGAAUCGCCAGGGAACCCGGCUCUGAAGUCUCCUGCGCCCCCUGCAGGAGUGAGCAGUAAAGGUCGAGCACUUUAUGAUUUCACUGCUGAGUGUGAAGAUGAGCUCUGUCUUAAGGCAGGAGAUCUAGUGUGUGAUCUGGAGGAAAUGGAUGCUGAUUGGUUCCAGGGAGAAUUUGGCGGGAAACGUGGCAUCGUUCCUAAAAACUUCAUCCAGUUGCUGCAGGAGUCGUGAAGUGUGUGUGUGUGUGUGUGUGUGUGUGUGUGUGUGUGUGUGUGUGUGUGUUGUCCACAUGAUGAGCGUUUCUGCAUGUAGUCUUCAUUAUCUGUAAUAAGCUUUAACGAGGUUAGCGUUGCGAUGCUAGUUAGCGCAUCUCCUGUACUGUACUCACUGUUUCUCCACUCUGGGUGGAUUUAUGAAUUUGUUUACAGAGUUUUAACCCAUAUUAAACUCCUCAGUUACAGAAA